AUGGAAUUCCACGUGAGCCGGAAACUGCCAGCAAUGGAGGAACAACUUCCCCUUUACUUUUGGACCAAGCAGGCUCAGCAGUAUCAGGCACAGCAGCUGCAGGCUCACCAGAUUCAGCAACAGCAACAGUUGCAGGUCGAACAAGUACAGCAGGUGCAGCAACAACAACAGCAGCAGCAGGUUCAAGUCCAGCCAGCACAGCAGAUCCAACAGAUCCAUCAUCCCAUCGAGCCGGGCAGCGAUGGGAAGCUGACGUGUCUAGAGUGCGGGAAGGCCUUUGCCAAACGCAGCAGCCUCGAGUACCACAAGAAAACGCACACGGGGGAAAAGCCCUUUCGUUGUAACAUCUGCGGGAAGGCCUUCGCCAAUAACCGGAACCUCGUUGUCCACACUCGAAUCCACACCGGCGAGAGGCCGUUUGUUUGUGCAGAAUGCGGCAAAGCUUUUACACAGAGGAGUAUGUUGACUGUCCAUUUAAGGAUCCACACAGGCGAGAGGCCGUACCUUUGCAGCGAGUGCGGGAAAUCCUUCUAUCAGAGUGACCACCUCACAAAGCAUCGCCGUAUCCACACAGGAGAAAAGCCUUAUUCCUGCCAGAAUUGCGGGAAGUCGUUCGCGACAGCAGUGCCCUCAGGCAGCAUGUGA